AUGAGUAAUUAUGUGAUCAGUGCAGCAGAUCAACUAAUCAUUCAAUCAGGAACACCAUUUAAUUGUGAAAUUGUACAUCCAGGUAAAUCUUGUGAAAUGAACAUUUUAUCUAAUCUUCCUCGAAUUAUGAGAUCCAAUUCUAAAGUGUACUUGCCAGUUCAUCUGAUCCCAUUUCUACUUUACAAGCGAAAAUAAUUCAUGAAGAAGUAACAAUAAUACCCUUAACCAAAUAGUCCUUUAUCAACAUUGGGCAGAGCACUUGUUUCAUAUUUUAAGAGCAUAUGUUUCCUCUCCUUUAUGGUUCAAAUCCUCCGUUACAAUUGGUGCAAACAAAAAAAUCUCCUUAAAAAGGUUGAUCCAUUUGUUCCAUUGUCUGGUGGUUUCAUAAGCUCAUUUGCUCUUCUUCUUGAGUCUAAUACUAGAGCAAUGGAAAUUUGUUUAAGCAUUGUUCCGAGAUUUUGCGAAACAAUUAUAAACCUAUUAAAGAGCAGGGGGAAGAUGAUAGACAUUCCUCGAGGGGAUGUUAUUGUUUUCUCAUUUGUUAUCGCCAUCAUCCAUUACUAUUAUUAACAUGAUGUAAUAUAGCUUGUUUAACAAUAGCCAAAAUCUUUAAAAAACACAUAUUACAAAGUAUUUGAAAAAAUAUGGGGAAUAAAUUGAUUCUAUAAUUUGUAUUUA